AAGCUUUGCUCGUACGACAUGACGGCCGGCCUGAGGAAUUGAAUUUUCCAAGUCGGAAGGAAUAUCUCUUCAGCAUCUCUCUCCAUUCCCGGCUCCCUUCCCGGUCUCUCUCUCUCUCUCCUCGAACUCCGGCAUCGAGCCCCGGCCGCGCGCGCAAUGGCGAGGCGAGGGACCAUCACCCACGUCGUCUUCGACAUGGACGGCCUCCUGCUCGAUACGGAGAAAUUUUAUACAGAAGUCCAGGAAACUAUACUUGCAAGAUAUAAUAAAACAUUUGAUUGGUCUCUCACGGCAAAAAUGAUGGGCAAGAAAGCAAUUGAAGCUGCUCGAGUCUUUGUUGAAGAAACUGGAAUCAUUGAUGUUCUCACUGCUGAGGACUUUCUUGUGGAAAGGGAAGAGAUGUUAAAAACAAUGUUUCCCACGAGUGAGCUAAUGCCAGGGGCUAGCCGCUUGAUCAGACAUCUUCAUGCAAGAAUCUGCUUGGCUACAGGCUCCCAUAGGCACCAUUUUGAACUGAAGACUCAAAGACACGGUGAGCUUUUUUCCUUGAUGCAUCAUGUGGUGCUUGGUGAUGACCCAGAAGUCAAACAAGGGAAGCCAUCACCAGAUAUAUUUCUGGCAGCAGCCAGGAGAUUUGAGGGUGGACCGGUUGAUCCACUCAAUGCGGUUGUGUUUGAAGAUGCUCCUGCUGGAGUUAACGCAGCGAAAAAUGCUGGGAUUUCAAAAAGUGGAUUCCGUAGCUGGCUGAUACACCUGAAGGCAGAUUAGUGGAUAUGCUUGAUUCAAUAAUAAGGUUGUUGUCAAUUUUUAAUAGUCAGAUCAUGUUCAGACUGGCUUCUUCUGUAGAUUCUUCUUGCGGGGUAAUGCUUGAAGUAUGACAAUUAUAGAUUCAAAAUUUGGUUGAAUUGUUGCAUAUUGUAGGAAUUCCAAUCUCCUUUCAAAUUCAAUGCAGUCAAAUAGUUGAGGACAUUGUAUGCAUUUGUACUUUUGAAUGUGCAUUUGCAACAACCAUAACAACUAAAGGAUCAUCCUUGUAAAAUUUUAAUUUGGAACAUCACAUGUACUGAUGGUAGAAGUUCCAUGAAGUGGUUAUUUCUAUGCAA